AUCAGGCUGUGAAUAAAAUAACUGAAAUUGACCUUUGACUGUCAAAAAAUAGGGGCAAGAGGGGUAUACUCAUGUCCUCUUAGGUAUUUUUGCUAUUUCUGUGCUAAAAAGGGCUAAUAACUGUACUUUCAGAGGCCUUUGAAGGAACCACCCGAGACUUCGGAGACUUCAGAUGCCCGAAGGAGCUCCCCUCUGUGGUGCUGACCUUUGCCCCCACACUGUUUACAUGGUGUGUACAUCUGGGCCCGUCGGCCCACCCCCCGGUCAGAGCGGCCGCCAUGGCGCUGAACGUCCCCGGCGUGAUCGCGGUGGUGCUGUUCUACCUGCUGAUUCUGGGCACAGGAGUGUGGGCCUCGCAGAAGUCCAGGAGGGCCGAGAGGCUGAGCGACAGCAGCCGGACGGAGGUGGUGCUGCUGGGAGACAGGAACAUCAGCCUGGUGGUCGGGAUUUUCACCAUGACGGCUACAUGGGUCGGAGGAGGUUUUAUUCUUGGCGUGGCUGAGGCUGUUUACAACCCCAAAAUGGGCUUAAUUUGGGCCCUUAUGCCUCUCCAGUAUUCCCUGUCCUUCAUUAUCGGUGGUCUCUUCUUUGCCAAGCCGAUGAGGGACAGGAAGUACGUGACCAUGAUGGACCCGUUCCAGGAGAAGUACGGCAGAGUGCUGAGCGGGGCUCUGGUGCUGCCCUGCCUGCUGGUGGAUGUUUUGUGGGUGUCCUGCACCCUGCUCGGUUUGGGAGCCACCAUGAGCGUGAUCCUGGACCUGCCCUACAUCUACUCGGCCUGGAUCUCGGCGGCCGUGGCCAUAGUUUACACCCUGUUGGGGGGUCUCUAUUCGGUGGCCUACACCGAUGUCAUCCAGCUCGCUCUGGCAUUCUUCAGUCUGUGGCUGUGCGUUCCCUUCCUCCUGCUGAACAAAACCUCCGUGGAUAUCGCCCAGACGGCCUUCAGACCCGUGUUUCAGGAGCCUUGGGUCGGCACUCUGGACAAAGACAGCGCCUGGAAAUGGAUCGACGAUUUCCUAAUGCUGGGCCUGGGGAGUGUUUCCUUCCAGAGCUUCCACCAGAGGACGCUGUCGGCCGCCUCAUCGGCCACGGCUCAGCGGACCUGCUACGCGGCCGCCUUCGUCAUCGCCGUCCUGGGGAUCCCUCCGGCCAUCCGUCUGGGGGAUCUCGAUCCCUUCAGGAAACGGUGGCAGCUUCUGGAUGCUUGUAGCCAAACAUCCAGAAGCUGGAAACGAUUCCUCAGUUCAGAUUUUCCUAUUGAGGUUGACAACUGGAACCUGACGGCGUACGGCCUUCCUGCCCCUCACGCUCGUGGCGAGCACAGCCUGGUUUUGCCCCUCACCCUCCAGUACCUCACGCCCCCGUACAUCUCCAUCGUCGGGAUCGGAGCCGUGGCCGCCGCCGUCAUGUCCUCCACCGACUCGGGCCUGCUGUCCGCCACCUCCGUCUUCUCCUCCAACAUCUACAAGAACGUCCUGCGCUCCCAGGCCUCAGACGUUGAAAUGCAGUGGGUGAUCCGGGUCUCGGUGGUGGUGGUGGGCCUGGUGGGCACGUCCAUAACCUUCUACACCAACAGCACCCUGGUGCUCUGGAUCCUGGGGGCCGACGUGUCCUACACCCUCAUGUUCCCGCACCUGGUCUCCAUGCUCUUCUGCAAAACCACCAACGGCUACGGCGCGGCGGCGGGCUACGUGGCGGGCGCCGCCCUGAGGGUCCUAUUGGGGGAGGAGGCCCUGGGGAUCCCCGUGGUGCUCCGCCUCCCCGGCUGCACGCUGGAGGACGGGGUCUACGUCCAGAAGUCCCCCGUCCGGACCGUGUCCAUGCUCUGCACCCUGCUCACCAUCCUGGGCUUCUCCUGGCUGGCGCUGUUCAUCUUCAGCCGCGGCCUGCUGCCCGAGGAGUGGGACGUUUUCAACGUCAAACGCGGGGGCGCCGUCCCCACGGAAGACGCCGCCGCGCAGGACCUCAGAGAGGAGGGAGGAGGAGAUACUGACCGGGAUGAAAACGGAAACGGCCGAGGAAUCGCCCUAAGGAAGCUGGAACCGGCUGGAUUAUAGCCGCAAACCCCCCCCCCCUGAUUCAUGACAUGACUCUCUGUAUCUCAAUCAAAGAGCUGAAUGUCAUGACAUGUGUUUUGUAUGAUAAGAUUUUGUACGCGUAUCCAAAAUACAGCACAGAUCCCGAAUGCUUAAACUGUGUUUCAGAUGAAAUAUCAGCCGUGAAUAAUCCAUUUUAUACUAUUUCUAAAAAGAUUUUGUUUGUACUGGAAAAAAAAAAAGAGUUUUUGUUGUGCAGAUGUGUGUUUUUAGUAAUAAAAAAGCAUUAUAUUUGUGGUGAUUUUACCCUGUGAGGACCAUAUGAGGAAUGAGUUCCAUGAAGGGACUAUUUUUCCUGUUAAAACUGGAUUUAAUUAAGUCAAGUCUACUUUAAUCCGACCUUUAAUUUUUUAUGUUUAUGUUAUGUUUAUGCAUUUGGCAGACG